CGCUCGAAGAUGCCUUCCAAGCAGCACACCCGUUUAACUUUCAGCCGCACAUGCUCUCAUGAAGGGCAUCAUGGCGGACCCAUCUCGGACGAGCAACCAAGCAGCACAAACACAUCUUCGGGCUCAUGCUUACCCCCGCCACCAUGUGAUGCUAUUCAUCCUUCAUCUAACUGCCCGACGCGAUUAUCACCCACUGUUCCAGUCUUUCCGAUCAUUGUCCCAGAAUUGGUUUAUCGCUCCCCAUUCCGCGACCGCAUAACACCAGCAUGUCCACGCUCACGCUCACGGUGUUCCAAGCGACAAAAACUGUUAUCGAUACAUGCGGCAGAGAAAUCCCUCCUCGUGUUGGAGCUAUUCGGGUUUCUGACAGCAUACACCGCAUUGAGUGAGGAUCAGAGGAUAUGGGUUGUGGAGACGGUGUUUGGAGAUGUGGACUGGAAAUGUUGUGCAGAUAUUGAUGAAGGGAAGGGAGAUGGAUUGGGAUAUCCGUACAACCUUUAUGACCAGAACGACGGUGGGCCUGGGGGUGUGUGUAGAUGGAUCCUGGAGCUAUCCGAGGCGCGUAUUACAACCGCCUUUGGAGAGCUGGCGAGCAGGAUAGUUGAGGCUGGAUGGGAUGUUGAAGGUAUCCUUCUCCCUCCGGGUGCAGAAACUUCAGUCGAAGCUCAGGAGAGCCCGGAUAUUAACCCCACUUGGUUUAACUGGACUGUUGCAUCUGGUCGCGCUGGUCCCACGGAACCGAUCACCUACCAAGCUGUGCCAGAACCGAAACUCUCGCAAGUACCUCUAUAUGGCCGCGAUCCCAUGAAUCCCCAAAUAGUAGCUGAGCGAGCCAAGUAUCUCCGAUACAACCUCGAGCAAUAUUCAGCCGAAGGUCUCGAGCAAGCCUGCCUCGAUCAGAAGAAGAAGAUUAGAGCCUAUGUUUCCGCUUGCGAGGAAAGAGGAAAGGAAGCACGGGAGCGUUGCUGGCGACUCGUUGGGGGGCGCGGCUCAGCUCUUUCAGCUGGUACACGCGUUAAUAAUAGCUCUUUGUUCAACGAGAUGGCCUCCGGUGUCUCGACGGCGGACCUGAGCAGCAUUAGGUCGUCGGGGUCUGCAAUAACACCGAACAGGACUCAAAUAGAUGACUGGGCGUUUCAUUGCACAUCGGGUGGCGCAAACUCAAAAGCACGCCUCCUGGAACCAUCAGCCCCUUUUAGGGUAUCAGAGAGCCCAAAGCAGAAAACAGCCGAUGCCGGGUUUGAGGACCAGUGGGAAUUUGGUGAUGUCCCGACGAGUGCUGAGGAGGAGGAGCGGAUGAUGGAGCAUGCACUGCGGGCUAGUAUUCGCGUGUCAGCCGAAAAGUUACCACCUCCCUCCAUUGAUAAUGCUGUCGACUGGGAAGAUUCAAAUCAGGUCCCUUGGCUCAAUAGCAGAUAUCAAGGCAAUAUUGUUUACAACAAUAUGCCAAUAGCGCAAAGUGAGCCACUGAUAGUGAUGCAGGCAAAGUUGGAUCUAGGUUCAGGCUCGGAGCCACCUCCACCUCCCAAGAAUACUAAGCUGCCAGAAGCAAAUCCCAUCGAGGAUGUGGAAAUGACGACUGAGGAACUCAAUCAGGAAAGUGCGAAGUUAGAAUCUACGAUGGGUGAGGCAGCGGACAAGGACCAGAUGCAGCCUGGAAGGAAACCGGACCGUAGGAGACGAAACAUGAGAGGCGUGUUUAGUGAUUUGAGGGCAAUGUCCAAUGAGCUGAACCGUACAUUUACACCCAAGAGCCAAAAAGAGGGUGAAGUAGUAAAGGACACCGUUGAAGAAAUAAAACGUCCCAAGACCAGCAGCGGUAAGCCAGCAGAGCCAGUUACCGAAAACGUGAGCGAACUACUUAACAGCGCUACGGAAGAAGCGCGGGAAAUCGCAUCCUGGUACCCCCCCCACUCUGACUAUCGCGGCUCCGACGAUGAGAGCAUUGAAGACAAGCCCCCACCUGAGCGUCUGGCGGAGGCGUUUAGGCAAGCGGAGCUCGAGGCUGAGGAUCCCUUUCGACCACCACCACUUAAAAAGAAAUCUGAGGUGCCUGCUGUAGUGCUACCGGAAAAACCGAGAGAUAUAGCAUUAGAAAUACGUUCAAAAGAGGGAUCACUGACACGCAGGUCAGACAAGGUGAAGGUUGUAGAUUUUGCACAACGCGCAGAGAAUAAUGCAGCCUACCACAAGGCCAAGGCUGCUGAGGAAGCUGGACCGGAGACCCAGCGGCCGAACGCGGAACCUGAUUUGAGAUACUUCGACCUCAGUCACGGAGCACAAGAGUCGCUGCGGAAGUCGUUAGAAAAGAGAGAUCGAGAGUAUAACGAAAGAAAGUCGAAAGAACAAUCCGGCGAGGGAGGCUCGAAACAGCCGCCUGUCAAAUCUCUGAUCCCUCCUGACUCUCCGGGUCUUCCUGGGCCUGUGGUUCCUCCUGAGCCUGACAUUUCUUCUGCGCCUGGAGGCUCUUCUAAUCCUUCGGCCCCUGCUGGGCCUGGAACCCGUCCCAAGUCUCCGGAUCCCGUUGUGUGUGGAGGCCCUACUGCAGCUGGAAAUCCUGCUAAUCCUGAAACCCCUGCUGCAGCUGGAAAUCCUGCUGAUCCUAUAACCCCUACUAAGUCUCCAGCGCCGGUUGAUCCUAGCACCUCUGGUGAACCUGGAAAGCUUACUGAGGCUCCUGAGACUGGGGAAGGACAAAACCAACCAAACAGACCAAGAAGAAAAAGGAAGUGGCUGUGUUGUUGAGAAAGAAGAAGGAAGAUGGUGUUUCGCAAGUCGGAUGGGGUGGCACAUAUAGAGUUAUGAGCAGCAUGGAGUUGGAUUAUUAUCUUUUGGGGCGCACUGAUG